AUCCCCAAAUCUGAAAUCACUCACUCAGCCUCCAGCCCUCCCUCACGUAGCUCUCCCUCACGCAGCCCUCCCUCACGCAGCUCUCCUUCACUCCCUCACUCCGACUGGCAGCUCUCCCUCACUCCGUCGCCCAUCUCCAGUCACCCAUCUCCAGUCACGCACAGCUCUCCCUCACUCCCUCACUCCGCCCAGUCCGCCGUCCACCUCAUCCCUCUCGUUCUCCUCCUCUGCGCCAUCAUCCUCUGGUUCUUCUCCACCCCUGGUUCUUCAACUAUGUUCGGAGAUUGUACCGUUCAAACAAUUCUUGAUGAUGGGGAGCCUAAUGAAGAGGAUGGGAGUUGUGUCACAAUUAUGGAUGAUUAGACAUUUUGUAAUAAUUUAGUAGCCAUUUUAAUUUCUUAAACUUGUUGGAUUAAUUUGUUGGUUUGUAAUUAUUUUAAGCCUUUUUAGCAUUUUGUAAUUUUUUAGCCUUUUUAAUUUGUUGGUUUGUGGAGGAUAAGACAUUUUGUAAUUUCUUACACUUGUAGGAUUUGUUUUGUAACUUUUUAUUUUUGAAUUUCUUGAACUUGUUGGACUUUUGAUACUUAGUUCUUGGACUUAUUGGAUUUAUUUUAUUUUUAUGUUUAGUUGGUGAUUUUA